CCUCCCAGGCUGGGGAGCCGGCUGCCUGAACUCCGCGGCGCCAGGUUUUUGGAGGCGCCGCGAGCGCUGGGAGGGAGCGGAGCGCGGCACCAGACAGAGCACCGGGUUCAACAUCAGGAUUGGUCGCAAGUAGGAAGCUUCGCCACUACAGCGGGACCCUCGGGCUGUGCCCACGUCGCGCCGGAGGCUGUAGUGGGCGCCGCGCUCAGGUGCUGAGGGUGAUGAGCAGUUGAAGUUGAGAUGAAUAACAUAUUUAGGGGAAUCUUUGACCUACAAUACCUCCACAUUAUGUGGUCCCAAGAACUUCCCUAAAAGAUUAAAGGUUGAACAAAACUUAAAAGAAGCAGCGAUUCUAUUCAUUUGAUACUGGACUUGAAACUCCUUUGACCUCAGAAACUGAAGAUGAGGUUGCCAUGGGAACUGCUGGUACUGCAAUCAUUCAUGUUGUGCCUUGCAGAUGACUACACACUGCACGGCCCUGUUUUUAUUCAGGAACCAAGUCACGUAAUGUUCCCUUUGAAUUCUGAGGAGAAAAAGGUGAAGCUCAAUUGUGAAGUUAAAGGGAAUCCAAAGCCACAUAUCAGGUGGAAAUUAAAUGGAACAGAUGUUGACAUUGGUGUGGAUUUCCGCUACAGUGUUGUUGAAGGCAGCUUGUUGAUCAAUAACCCCAAUAAAACCCAAGAUGCUGGAACGUACCAGUGCAUAGCAACAAACUCAUUUGGAACAAUUGUUAGCAGAGAAGCAAAGCUUCAGUUUGCUUAUCUUGAAAACUUUAAAACAAGAACAAGAAGCACUGUGUCUGUCCGACAAGGUCAGGGGAUGGUACUACUAUGUGGCCCACCAGCCCAUUCAGGAGAGCUCAGUUAUGCCUGGAUCUUCAAUGAAUACCCUUCCUAUCAGGAUAACCGCCGCUUUGUUUCUCAAGAGACUGGGAAUCUGUAUAUUGCCAAAGUAGAAAAGUCAGAUGUUGGGAACUAUACCUGUGUGGUUACGAAUACAGUGACAAAUCACAAGGUCCUGGGACCACCCACACCACUAAUAUUGAGAAAUGAUGGGGUGAUGGGUGAAUAUGAGCCAAAAAUAGAAGUGCAAUUCCCAGAAACGGUGCCCACCGCCAAAGGAACAACAGUCAAGCUGGAAUGCUUUGCCUUAGGAAAUCCAGUACCAACUAUUAUUUGGAGAAGAGCUGAUGGAAAGCCUAUAGCAAGGAAAGCCAGAAGACACAAAUCCAGUGGAAUUCUUGAAAUCCCCAAUUUUCAGCAGGAGGAUGCUGGUUUAUAUGAAUGUGUGGCUGAAAAUUCAAGAGGGAAAAAUGUAGCAAGGGGACAGUUGACUUUUUAUGCUCAACCUAAUUGGAUUCAAGAAAUAAACGAUACACAUGUGGCCAUUGAAGAAAAUGUCUUUUGGGAAUGUAAAGCAAAUGGAAGGCCCAAACCUACAUACAGGUGGCUAAAAAAUGGUGAACCACUAUUAACUCGGGAUAGAAUUCAAAUUGAGCAAGGAAUGCUCAACAUAACAGUAGUGAACCUCUCAGAUGCUGGCAUGUAUCAGUGUGUGGCCGAGAAUAAACACGGAGUUAUCUUUUCCAGCGCAGAGCUUAGUGUUAUAGCUGCGGGUCCAGAUUUUUCAAGAACCCUCUUAAAAAGAGUAACUCUUGUCAAAGUGGGAGGGGAAGUUGUCAUCGAAUGUAAGCCAAAAGCUUCUCCUAAGCCUGUUUACACCUGGAAGAAAGGAAGGGACAUAUUAAGAGAAAAUGAAAGAAUUACCAUUUCUGAAGAUGGAAGCCUCAGAAUUGUCAAUGUGACUAAGUCAGAUGCUGGAAGUUAUACCUGUGUAGCCACUAACCAUUUUGGAACUGCUAGCAGUACUGGAAACUUGGUAGUAAAAGAUCCAACAAGGGUGAUGGUCCCCCCUUCCAGUAUGGAUGUCACUGUUGGAGAAAGUAUUGUUCUGCCAUGCCAGGUAACACAUGAUCACUCGCUGGACAUCGUCUUUACUUGGUCAUUUAAUGGACACCUGAUAGACUUUGACAAAGAUGGGGACCACUUUGAGAGAGUCGGAGGGCAGGAUUCAGCUGGUGAUUUGAUGAUCCGAAACAUCCAGCUGAAGCAUGCUGGGAAAUACGUCUGCAUGGUCCAAACAAGUGUAGACAGGCUGUCUGCUGCUGCAGACCUGAUUGUCAGAGGUCCCCCAGGACCCCCAGAAGCUGUGACCAUAGAUGAAAUUACAGAUACCACUGCUCAGCUCUCCUGGAGACCCGGGCCUGACAACCACAGCCCCAUCACCAUGUAUGUCAUUCAAGCCAGGACUCCGUUCUCCGUAGGCUGGCAAGCAGUCAAUACAGUGCCAGAACUUAUUGAUGGGAAGACAUUCACAGCGGCUGUCGUGGGUUUGAACCCUUGGGUCGAGUAUGAAUUCCGCACUGUUGCGGCCAAUGUGAUUGGGAUCGGGGAACCCAGCCGGCCCUCAGAGAAGCGGAGGACAGAAGAGGCUCUCCCCGAAGUCACCCCAGCUAACGUCAGUGGUGGCGGAGGCAGCAAAUCUGAACUGGUUAUAACCUGGGAGACGGUCCCUGAGGAAUUACAGAAUGGUAGAGGCUUUGGCUAUGUGGUGGCCUUCCGGCCCUAUGGCAAAAUGAUCUGGAUGCUGACAGUGCUGGCAUCAGCCGAUGCCUCCAGAUACGUGUUCAGGAAUGAGAGUGUGCGCCCCUUCUCUCCCUUUGAGGUUAAAGUGGGCGUCUUCAACAAUAAGGGAGAAGGCCCCUUCAGUCCCACCACAGUGGUAUAUUCUGCAGAAGAAGAACCCACCAAACCACCAGCCAGCAUCUUUGCCAGAAGUCUGUCUGCAACAGACAUUGAAGUUUUCUGGGCCUCCCCCAUGGAGAAGAAUAGAGGACGGAUACAAGGCUAUGAGGUUAAAUACUGGAGACAUGAUGACAAGGAAGAAAAUGCUAGAAAAAUACGAACAAUUGGAAAUCAGACAUCAACAAAAAUCACCAAUUUAAAAGGCAGCGCGCUGUAUCACUUAGCUGUCAAGGCAUAUAAUACUGCAGGGACAGGCCCGUCCAGCGCAACGGUCAAUGUGACAACCAGAAAGCCACCACCAAGUCAACCCCCCGGAAACAUCAUAUGGAAUUCAUCGGACUCCAAAAUUAUCCUGAAUUGGGAUCAAGUGAAGGCCCUAGAUAAUGAGUCGGAAGUAAAAGGAUACAAAGUCUUGUACAGAUGGAACAGACAAAGCAGCACAUCUGUCAUUGAGACAAAUAAAACAUCAGUGGAGCUCUCUUUGCCUUUUGAUGAAGAUUAUAUAAUAGAAAUUAAGCCAUUCAGUGAUGGAGGAGAUGGCAGCCCCAGUGAACAAAUUCGAAUUCCAAAGAUAUCAAAUGCCUAUGCAAGAGGAGCCGGGCCUUCUACUUCGAAUGCAUGCACACUGUCAGCCAUCAGUACGAUCGUGAUUUCCCUCACAGCUAGGUCCAGUUUAUGACAAAAGUUAUCUAAAGGACUUGCUAUUUAUAAUAUAAGCAACAUUUAGCUAGUUGUUUUGAAGACACCCAGUACUAAGUAAUAUUGUUGUUCAAGUACAUCUUAUUACUGGAAAAAAAAAUGUUUUUUGCUUCUUUAGGAAUGGCAUUAUACAGUACUUCCUCAAAGCAAACCUAGCUUUGUCUGAAGUUUCUUUGGAAACUCUGCAAUGCACUGAAGACAUCUGUAAUAUGAUGUUACCAAAGCAGUUUACAUAUGUCCUUAUAUGCAUAUUUUUUAUUAUAUAUUUAGUGUUUUAUAGAAUUUUUUAAAGUUAACAUGAAAUGUAGAUAUUAAUUUUUUCCUCUGCUGUAAAAUGCUAUGGGCAACACAAUCAUACAAUUAUUAUUUGAAAAUAUUUCCUUUAAAGAAAAAGUUUGAAACUCAUAUUGAUAAAUAAAUUAUAAACUGUACAGUUUUACAAGGAUUCAGUGGCAGAACAGCUGAAGAUUUGGUCUGGAACUUAAGGCUGCGAUGUGUAAAUGACUCUUUGGAUAGUUAACGCAUUGAAUCAAGUCCUUUUUGACAUGUACAAUAUGUUUUCCCACCCUCUUGUGAAUUUUGUUGUUCAACACAACUUGAGAUGGUUUCAGGAAUGGUUGUGAACUAGAAACCUAAACUAACUGCCCAAGAGGUACCUUGUGCAAUAUUCCCAUCCCUGAAUUUAGCAUUGUACAGUAAGACUUUCUUUUCACUCAGCUAAGUUAGCAUUGUGUCUGUAGUAGCAUUAUCUUAGGCAUUAAAUUUGAAGUUACCUAUCCAGUAGUAACAUAGACCAAAAGUUACUAUAGUCAACCAACUCUUUCAAAGGAUAAAAGAUAAUUUUACUAUCUUUAACUGUAUCUGUCUUGAAUGUACAUUUUUUAAAAAGGUAAUUCUCUGUUGUUGGAUUCAUAAUUUCUUUAUAUAUAUGUAUCUCUUUAAUAAUAGAGCCCUUCUUUUGAAUCAAAAUCAUGUAUGGAGUUUGGCACAUUUCUCCUAUUUCAGCAGAUAGUUGCUGCGAAGAAAUUUUUCACGACACUACAAAAGAUCUUUAGUAUAACUGUAUGUUAUCUUGAUGAUUAUCCUGUUUUGCAGUAAGUAGCUUAGUUGCUUUAUAAGCUUUACCUUCUAAGUCAUAAAAUCACAUAUUGGAAAAUUACAGUAUAAAAAACCACCUAUUCUUAUGAAAAGAAUUAUUUGUUAUAAUGGGGGAGGUUUUGUAAGCAGCUGACACUUGUGGAACAGUGCAUAUAAAAGGCAAUGAAAUUUUCUAUAAAAAUUUUCACAUGUGAACACUCUGCCACCUUUUAUUCUUUCUCAGAGAGCUCAAAUUUGCCUGUAAUUUGUCAUUUUUUGCUUACAAAUAAUAUAAGUUAACUUUUCAACCUUCUAACUCUAUUUAUCCAACAAGGUCCUGUCCUAAUCAGGAUUCCACUUGUGUAAAAAAUAGGGUGGUAACCAGAAAAAAAAAAAAUUAUUGUCAGUAUUUCAAGCUGUGUUCCUUUCUUAGUUUGAUAUGGUUACUUCUAUGUUAAAAUAAAACAAAACUUAAAAUCACACACACAAAAAAAUCAACAAAACAAUAAAAUGAAUGAAAAAAAAAUGAUACCCCAGGUAGUUCCCGACCCCAGUGUAAAUGAUAUUUACCAGUGAUCUAGCAUAUGUAAUCUUUUUUUAAAGGUAUUGUUAAUAAAUAUUCUGUCAUUUGUAAAGAUACUUGUCUUUUGGGAGCAUUUUUCCUGCCUGCCUGUCAGGGAAUUUGUUAGCUCACCCUUGUGCUAGUCAUAAUUUGACAUGUCAGAGGGACUCCAAAGUCUCUGGCCAUGACCCAAAGCUAGGUGACUCAGAGUAUCCCUUUGGAAUUGACAACCCCGAAGACACCAUUUCAAAUCCUCUUUGCAAGCAGAGAGGGUCAGAAUCCACAAAUAAAUGUCCUGAAGAUCAAACUUGAAUAUUUCCUCUUGAUUACCUAAGUCUUUUGCAUAUUUAACCUAUGGAUAUCUGUUGUUUUAAGCUUUCCUCAACCCCAUAGCCAAAAGGAUAAAAUCUAAACUUGAUCGUUUAAGGCCCUUAAUCUAAUAACAACUUAACUUUGUACCCAGCUACACUGAGCCCUCACUGGCCCCUGAACACUGCUUGCUUUUGGUCUCACCUCUGUGCCUUUUGAUGUAUGGCUGACCCCUCCUGACAUGCCCUCCCCACCCUUAUUUCUCACCCAAUUCCUGACUGUCCUAGGGUAGCUCCAGCCCCAGGCGUCUGCGAAGUCUUCCCACACCUCAGCCCUUUAGGAUGUCCUUCCUCUGGGUUAGCUACAAUCCCUGUCAAUACCACUCAUUUAGUAAUUAAUCAGGUACUACUUUUGGAAAUCUCUUGUACUGUUAUCUUGCAUUUUAAGUUAACUCCUGUAUUGUUAUUUAAUUUUCCUUGUACUUAUGCCUUGUCUUCCCAGCUAGAUUGUAAGCUCCUUGAGGGCAGGGACUUUGGUCUUAUCUUCCAUGUACUCUCCAUAGUGCCUAGCACAGUGCCUUGCAAUAAAUAAUCAUUGAUUAAUUGAA